AUGUAUCAGAAGGUGCUUCUUUUCUCUGCCCUGGCGGCAGCAGCCCGUGCCCAGCAGGCUGGCACAUUGACGGCUGAAACCCAUCCCUCGUUGACCUGGCAGAAGUGCACUGCCGCUGGCAGCUGCACUGACCAGACGGGUUCUGUUGUCAUUGAUUCCAAUUGGCGCUGGCUUCACUCCGUCGAUGGCUCCACAAACUGCUACACUGGAAAUACGUGGGAUGCAACCCUUUGCCCCGACGACGAGACCUGUGCCACAAAUUGUGCCCUGGAUGGUGCCGACUAUGAAGGCACCUAUGGUGCAACCACCGAUGGCAACGCUCUGACUUUGAACUUUGUCACCGGCGCCAAUGUUGGCUCUCGUUUGUUCCUCAUGGAGGAUGACAGCACCUACCAAAUGUUCAAGCUGCUCAACCAAGAGUUCACAUUUGACGUGGAUACCUCCAAGCUGCCUUGUGGUCUCAACGGAGCUUUGUACUUCGUCUCCAUGGACUCCGACGGUGGCAUGUCCAAGUACGAUGGCAACAAGGCCGGCGCCAAGUACGGUACUGGAUACUGUGAUUCUCAGUGCCCUCGUGAUUUGAAGUUCAUCAACGGCCAGGCCAACGUCGAUGGCUGGGAGCCCUCUGCCAGCGACAAGAACGCUGGUAUUGGCGGCCAUGGAUCUUGCUGCGCUGAGAUGGAUGUUUGGGAGGCUAAUAGCAUCUCGACCGCUUUCACUCCCCACCCUUGCGACACUGCCGGACAGACCAUGUGCGAGGGUGACAACUGUGGUGGAACUUACUCCUCCAGCCGCUACGCAGGCACCUGCGAUCCCGAUGGAUGCGACUUCAACUCCUACCGCAUGGGCAACGAGACUUUCUUCGGUCCCGGCAAGACCGUCGACACCAACUCCAAGAUGACCGUGGUCACCCAGUUCAUCACCAGCGAUGGCACCGACUCCGGCACCCUCAGCGAGAUCAAGCGUAUCUACGUGCAGAAUGGCAAGGUCAUCGCCAACUCCGCCUCUGAUGUCAGUGGUGUCUCCGGAAACUCGCUCACCACGGACUUCUGCAAGGCCCAGAAGACUGCCUUUGGCGAUGAGGACAUCUUCACUAAGCACGGUGGUCUGUCUGCUAUGGGUGAAGGCUUGGACCAGGGCAUGGUUCUGGUCAUGAGCUUGUGGGAUGACCACUAUUCCAACAUGCUCUGGUUGGACGGCGAGACUUACCCCACUGAUGCGACUGCUGGCAGCCCUGGAGUUGCUCGCGGUACUUGCGCCACUAGCUCUGGUGACCCCGACACUAUCGAGGCCGCCUCGGGCUCCGCCGCAGUGACCUACUCUAACAUCAAGGUCGGUCCUAUUGGUUCCACUUACUCUUCUUAA